AUGAGGGUUCUCUUGAACAGAGGUCCAAUAUGUCGCGGAUUUCUGCAGUCAUUUCCUCAGUUCCGGCCCUCCUCCCAAUGUCGCAUCCAACUCCGGACGAUCGCGAAACGAGCAUAUGGAAAUCGGGGGGGAUAUAGUGGUCGAUUCCGAACGCCUCCUCGGUUUCGAGGACUGGUGCUUGCCUCGGCGGCGACGCUGAGUCCAAUUGCCUUUGUCCAGAUAUCCGAGGAAGACAACGGGGGAACAAAUGAGACCCAUGAAGGGCGGAUGCUGGAAGCGUCGAGGGAGGAGAUCAGGAAGAAGGUGUCUGAAGACAGUCAUGGUAUAGGACGGAUAUGGGACAAUAUCGUUCUAUUUGCAGACCUGUACAUCUGGGAGCCGGCUUGUACGGGGGCGCGCUUCCUGCAUCUGUUAGUGAUUUUCGUGCCAGUGAUAUUCACAAUACCCGCGAUAUGGAUUGGUCCAAGGCAGAAAGACAGGGACAAUGAGAGGUCUGGCACGAUAUGGUGGUAUUGGUUUCUGGUCAAGUCUAUGGAACGUGCUGGACCUGCUUUCAUCAAACUUGGUCAAUGGGCAGCAUCUCGAACCGACAUAUUUCCGACAGAGAUGUGCGAAGUUAUGUCACAAUUGCAUUCCCACGCUCCAGCCCAUACUCUCCACAAAACGAAACAAAUCAUAACUCGCGCUUUUGACGGGCGUCCAUUCGAGGAUAUCUUUGAGGAAUUCGACGAGGAGCCAUUAGGUGUUGGAGCUAUAGCACAGGUUUACCGGGCCAAACUGAAACCAGAUCUUGCUGCGCCAGGAGACACCGACCUAGAGGAGCCCAGGAACUUACGGCAGAAUGUACAGAAGAAUGUAGACACUCUGCUGAAAAGCACUCCUCACAGAGUGCCAUCUACCUAUGUUGCAAUCAAAGUUCUGCAUCCCGGCGUAGAACGCAUCGUCAGACGAGAUCUGAAGAUAAUGGGUUUCUUCGCAGCGGUUCUCAAUGUCAUACCAACCAUUGAAUGGCUAUCAUUGCCCGAUGAGGUCGAACAAUUUGGUGAAAUGAUGAGAUUACAAUUGGAUCUGAGAAUUGAGGCAGCCAACCUAACCAUAUUCCGAAAGAAUUUCAAGGACAGAACCACAGCGUGGUUUCCAUACCCGUAUACUGCCUUUACCACACGGCAGGUCCUGGUAGAAGAAUUUGCUCAAGGGAUCCCUCUCUCCGAUUUCAUGGAGAAUGGAGGAGGUGUGUUCCAACAAGAAAUUGCAGACGAAGGAUUAGAUGCUUUUCUACGAAUGCUGUUACUGGACAACUUCGUCCACGCUGAUCUUCACCCGGGAAAUAUCAUGGUUAGGUUUUACCAAUCAGCUCAUCCGCAUUUGCCAUUCAGCAAGCAUAAGGAUGAGAAUCCCCAAGAACAACCAGAUGUGACAGAGAAAGUCUUGGCCCGGCUAAGGCCAUAUCGACACAAGAAAGAUACGAAAGCAUGGGAGGCAGAACUACAGAAAAUCGACAGCGAGGGAUUCCGGCCACAAUUGAUAUUCAUUGAUACUGGACUGGUGACUGAGCUCAAUGCAAUCAAUCGCAAGAACUUCUUGGACUUGUUCAAGGCUGUAGCCGAAUUUGAUGGAUAUAAAGCUGGACAUCUCAUGUGCGAGAGAUGUCGACAGCCGGACGCCGUAAUCGAUCAAGAGGUCUUUGCCCUCAAGAUGCAGCACCUCGUCCUCGGAGUGAAAAGCCGGACAUUAGCUCUCGGCAACAUGAAAAUUGGCGACAUCCUAAAUGAAGUCCUCGGCAUGGUCCGUGGCCAUCAUGUGCGAAUGGAGGGCGAUUUCGUCAAUGUUGUUAUAAGCAUACUUUUGCUAGAAGGCAUUGGUAGGAGCUUGAAUCCCGACAUUGAUUUACUCUCAAGCGCAUUACCGAUAUUACGACAGCUUGGUGCACAAAGUGGAGGUGGCAUGUUGAGGCAAGGAGACUUUUCCAUGUUGAAGGUUUGGGUCGGGCUGGAGGCUAGGAAAUUCCUCCAGGCCAGCGUGGAAGACGUCGAGAGAUGUGUCAAAUACGAUUUACUCUCUCCGAAUGUAUAA